CUCCCUUAUUGGGCAUUUGUAUAUCUUCAGGAAGCUUCACCAAAUAAGCAUGUUUCGAUAGUUUUUAAAUGGAUGAGAUUAUACAGUUUUCUUAUUUUUUGGGGGUUUACUCAUCUAUUUCUGAAACAUUUCUCACGAGACGCAGGCAACCGAAUCUGUUUUGUGCCGAUUGUUAAAUAUCAAGAGCAGUCAUGUCGUCGUAUGAUCUGAUAUUGUAUUAGAAGUUAGCCAUUAGUUAGGUUUUCUCUGCUUUAGACCACCCUUACAUUUUUUUUUUGCAAUGUCUUCUAUCCUGGAUGAAUACGAGGACUCGCUGAACAGCAGGCACCCUGUGCAACACACUAGCCGCCUGUCUGCUGCCAACAUCGGCAUGACACACUCCGGGUUCGUGAAUGUGAGACUGGAGGAGGAGAAGCCGAUAUUCAACAAACAGAGGAUUGAUUUCUCACCCCCAGAGAAGAUCAACCACUUUGCUGUGUGCAACAAUCAGCUAUGCAUGAGUUUAGGGAAGGACACUCUGCUGAGGAUUGACCUUGCCAAGCCAGACCAGCCCAACCAGGUAGAACUGGGGAGGAAGGAGGACAGCAGAGUACACAAGCUCUUCCUGGAUCCCACAGGGUCCCACCUGGUGAUUUCUCUCAGUACCAGCGAGUGUCUGUAUCUGAACAGGAACACCCAGAAGGUGAGGUCUCUGUCCCGCUGGAGAGGACACCUGAUAGAGAGUGUAGGCUGGAACAAGCUGCUGAGGACAGAGACCAACACUGGGCCCAUCCUAGUGGGAACCAGCCAGGGAAUUAUCUUCGAGGCUGAGAUCUCUGCUUCAGAGGGAAGCCUGUUUAACACCAACCCCGACCAGUACUUCAAACAGGUCCACUCCCUGGAGGAGGACGGGAAGCCUGCUCCUGUGUGUUGUAUGGAGGUGGAACGAGGUCCCGAGUCUAAAGUCGUCAUCAUCGCCACCACCAGGAAGCGUUUGUUCCAGUUCGUAGGUCGUGUGGCGGAGGGGUCCGAGCAGCAAGGCUUCAGCGCCAUCUUCUCACAGAACCAGGAGCUGCUGCCCAGCUUCCAGGAGUUUCCGUUUAACAUGGGCUACAGUGAGAUCACCUUCUACACCUCUAAGCUCAGGUCCUGCCCCAAGGCCUUCGCAUGGAUGAUGGGUAAUGGAGUUCUCUACGGUCAGCUGGACUACAUCAGGCCGGACUCGCUGCUCAGUGACGUGCAGGUGUGGGAUUAUACCCCAGACAUAGACUUCAGUUUCAACAAGCCCAUCUCCAUCGUGUUGACUCAGUUCCACUUUCUACUCCUCCUCCCAGACCGCGUCAAGGCCAUCUGCACCCUCAACGGGCAGGUGGUGUACGAGGAUGUGUUCCCUGAUAAGUUCGGCACUCUGAAGAAGAUGAUUAAGGACCCAGCAGGAGGCCUGGUGUGGAUCUACACUGAGAAGGCCGUCUUUAGAUACCACAUCCAGAGAGAAGCCAGGGAUGUGUGGCAGAUGUACAUGAGCAUGAACAAGUUUGACCUGGCUAAGGAGUACUGCCGGGACCGGCCAGAGUGCAUGGACAUGGUCCUGGCUAAAGAGGCAGAACACUGCUUCCAGGACAAACGUUACCUGGAGAGCGCUAAGUGCUACGCUCUGACCCAGAACUACUUUGAGGAGAUUGCGUUGAAGUUCAUCGAGGCGAAACAGGAAGAAGCUCUGAAAGAGUUCCUUCUGAAGAAACUCAACAACCUGAAGCAGAGUGAGAAGACCCAGAUCACCUUACUGGUCACCUGGCUGACUGAGCUCUACCUGAACCGCCUGGGGCUUCUCCAAUCAGACGAGGGGAAACGUGGGGUGUUCCAGGAGACGCGGGAUGAGUUCCGGAAGUUCUUCAGUAGCUCCAAACACAAGGAGUGUCUCUAUAACAACCGAACGACCAUCUAUGACCUGCUGGCUAGCCACGGCAACGUGGACGACAUGGUCUACUUCUCUGUCAUCAUGCAGGACUAUGAGAGGGUGAUCUCUCAUCACUGUCAGCAUGAUGACUACAGCGCCGCCCUGGAGGUGCUCUCUAAGCACUGCGACGAGAAGCUCUUCUAUAAGUUUUCCCCCAUCCUCAUGCAACACAUACCUAAGAAGGUGGUAGAUGCCUGGAUCCAGAUGGGCUCCAGGCUGGAACCUAAGAAGCUGAUCCCAGCCCUGGUCAACUACAGUCAGAUGGGUUCAACACAACAGGUCAACGAGACCAUUCGUUACAUGGAGUUCUGUGUCUACCAGCUCACUGUGACAGAAGAGGCCAUACACAACUACCUGCUGUCCCUCUACGCCAAGUACAAACCUGAUAGUCUCUUGUGGUACCUGGAACAGGCUGGGUCCCACUUGUCAGACAUCCACUAUGAUUUAAAGUAUGCCCUGAGGCUGUGUGCUGAACAUGGUUACCUCCAGGCCUGCGUUCUGGUCUAUAAGAUCAUGGAGCUGUAUGAGGAAGCUGUCGAUCUGGCCCUACAAGUGGAUGUGGACUUGGCCAAGACGUGUGCUGACCUGCCUGAGGAUGACGAGGAGUUGAGGAAGAAGUUGUGGCUGAAGAUCGCCUGUCACGUGGUGCAAGAGGAGAAGGAUGUGAAGAAGGCCAUGAACUGUCUGUCCAGCUGUAACCUGCUCAAGAUCGAAGACAUCCUGCCCUUCUUCCCGGACUUCGUCACCAUAGACCACUUUAAGGAGGCUAUCUGCAGCUCUUUAGAGGAGUACAACCAGCAUAUAGACGAGCUGAAGCAGGAGAUGGAGGAGGCGACGGAGAGCGCCAAGCGGAUCAGAGAGGACAUUCAGGAGAUGAGGAACAAGUACGGGGUGGUGGAGAACCAGGAGAAAUGUGCUGCCUGUGACUUCCCCCUCCUCAACAGACCCUUCUAUCUGUUCCUGUGUGGUCACAUGUUCCACUACGACUGCCUCUUCCAGGAGGUGACCCCUCACCUGUCCACCUACAAGCAGACUAAACUAGGUGAGCUGCAGAAGAGGUUGGCUGCAGCCACUCAGACCUCCAAGUCUCGCCACCGCCCCGCCCCCAAUGAGAAGGAGGAGGGGGGCGACACCGCCAGCCUGGGGAAAGGAAGCGCCGGGGUCAGCCGAGAGCAGAUCAAGUCCGACAUUGAUGACAUCAUCGCCUGCGAGUGCGUGUACUGCGGCGAGCUGAUGAUCAAGUCGAUCGACAAGCCUUUUAUUGAUCCACAGAAGUUUGAGGAGGAGAAGUCCAGCUGGCUCUGAAAUGGACGGUUGGAUCUGCCUGAAACCGGGCAGGUUUGAAAUGGCGGACUUGAGGUGGCUGUCUGAAUGGAGCGGGUCUGAAAUGGGCUCUCUAAACUCUUGAUUGAAAUAGACAUGUCUUUAUUUCAGAAAUGGCUGAAAUGUGCAACUUAUGCUGUCUGAAGUGGAAUGGAAUAUCUCUCUGUGACAGUGGGGAAGUAGAGCCACCUCUGCACAGUGCCUGGUGAUGGAGAGACACAGGGAAGGGGAAGAAUGCAGGAUCUCCUUGGUAACCUCUUAUCAAAAUCAAAUGUUAUUUGUCACAUGCCGCGAAUACAAUGCUGAAUAAAAUGGGUGUAGGAGAUCUCACAAUGAAAUGCUGAAUACAACAGGUGUAGUAGACCUCACAGUGAAAUGCUGAAUACAACAGGUGUAGUAGACCUCACAGUGAAAUGCUGAAUACAACAGGUGUAGUAGACCUCACAGUGAAA